AAAACUCCAUUUCCCACUUUACCCCGCUCUAUAUACACACACGGCAAUGGCUGCCUCCUCGUCGGGAAACAGCACAUUAAUGCAGAAGUUAUGUACAUUUAUUAGAUUUAAAAGUGUCCGCUGUGUCAGUCAGUGCAAUGCCUCGAUUAGAACGGUUUGUACGUCUGGAUCCACGUGCCAACUGCAACCCAAGAUACAGAGUAAGAGCGUUUCUUCUCAGCUGCGCGGGGUCGUCGGGCUGGAGAUCCAUGCACAGAUUCAAGCGACGUCCAAACUGUUCGCCUGUUCCCGCGUGGCCUUCUGCAGCCCGCCCAAUUCAUCAGUGGCAUUUCUAGAUGCUUCACUGCCUGGAACCCUGCCGGUGCUGAACAGAAGGUGUGUUGAGGCUGCAGUGAUUACUGGCCUGGCCUUGAACUGCACUAUCAACAGGAAGUCCCUUUUCGACAGGAAGCACUACUUUUACGCCGACAUGCCUGCAGGUUAUCAGAUCACCCAGCAGAGACUGCCCAUCGCAGUAAACGGGUCACUCACGUACAGCUAUUUAGGAGGGAAGAAGAGGAACCAGGUGUUGAGCAGGUGUGUGAGGAUCAAACAGAUCCAGCUGGAGCAAGACAGCGGGAAGAGUCUCCAUGACGACCAGCGCAGUCAGACGCUCAUAGACCUCAACAGAGCAGGAGUGGGUCUGAUGGAGUUGGUGAUGGAGGCUGAUAUGAGUUGUGGUGAUGAAGCUGCUGCUGCUGUUAGAGAGCUCCAGCUGAUCCUGCAGACGCUAGGCACCUGUCAGGGGAACAUGUCUGAGGGUCAACUGAGAGUUGAUGCUAAUGUUUCUGUUCAUCGUCCUGGAGAGCCACUGGGUGUGAGAACUGAAGUGAAGAACAUUAACAGCGCACGAUAUGUAGCCAGAGCCAUAGAUUAUGAGAUCCAGAGGCAGAAAGAGGUUCUAGAAAAUGGUGGAAUCAUUGUAAAUGAGACAAGAGCUUUUGACAGCAAAUCUGGAACCACAAUUCCAAUGAGAGAUAAAGAGGGACUGCAGGACUACAGGUUCAUGCCAGAGCCGAAUCUUCCCCCUCUGUUUGUUUACGAGGAUGAGGCCUCAGUGCCUGCUGGUGUCGACCCCACCCAGUUGGUGAUGAUUGACAGGCUAAAGGCUGAGCUGCCAGAGCUGCCGGGAGUGAGACGGGCGAGACUGGUGGAGCAAUACAAGAUACUGCCUGAACACAGCUUUACACUAGUGAAUGAGGAUGGCCUGAUGGAAUAUUUUGAGCGUGUGGUCUGGAACACAAAAGCGGAGCCAAGGAAGGUGAUUGGCUGGGUGAUGCAGGAGCUUCUGGGUAAUCUGAACCAGCAGAGUCUGAAGAUUGCUCAGAGAAGGAAUAAUGAGCAGCACUGACUCCUACAGCUCUGAGAAAGAUCACAUAGAUGCUAUCACGGCCAAGACCCCCAGUGCGAAAUCGGCAGUUUGCUAAUUGGCUCUUUAACUGCACAGUGAUGAAACGUUUGGAGUCAAUUUUUUUUACUGGAACAGAAUCGCUUAUAACAACAGAAAGAGUCUGUGUUAUACAGCCACUGGUGGUAAAUAACAACAAAUUGAGGUUGUUUUUGCUUGUUGCCUAGGGCUGUAUGCAAGUGUAUGUCUGUACUCAAGAUCACUGAUCCAAGACCAGCUUGAUGAUCACGUCCAUGUUUUUACAGUCCUCAUUGACACUGAGUAAGUAGGGUUAAAAAAAUGGGAGCCUGGAGGAGAGUUGGCCAGCCAUGCUGCAGCUAAAGUAGCGUCCAGUAAUGAGUUCUCCUGGGCCCAAACAAACCUACUCAGACUUCUUCCUUUCCCUCUCCAUAUCCACCAAGGGCAAGAUGUACUUAUAAGUGCAUACGCACCCAGAAUGUGCUUAGAUGCGACCACAAUAUGUGUUUACAAGGCACAAGAAUUGAACAUUUGGGUAGCACUUUAUUUUCCUGUAUGGUAAAUAUUACUGUUAAGUGCCAUCAAGUCAGUUCCGACUUGUGACAAGUCAGUUCCUGGUGACUAUAGAAAUAGUGUUUCUCCAGAAUAUCCUGUCUUUUAUUUGGGUUGUCAGGCUUCUAAAUGGAUUGUAUCCAUUGUAUCCAAUUAUUGCUGGUUGUCCCCUUCUUCGUUUUACCUUUAACUCUUCCAAGCAUAAUGGUCUUUUCCUGUUAGCUGGUUCUUCUAAGAAUAUGUCCAAAAUAAGAUUCAGUUUGGUUAUUUGGGCUUUGAGGAUGCAUUUGUUCAUUUUGGCAUGCAAAAUAUGUAGUACUUAAAAGUAAUUUUCUGAUACCUACAUUGCAUGUGCAUAGUAUGUUCCAGGUGUGUAUGGCAGUACUUAAACAUAAUUUAAUAAUAAAUAUGUAGUACUUACAAUUAAAACUUAAUUAAUACCAGGUAUGUUUCUGCUUUUAGUGAAAACUACAAACUGCUUCAAUAAAUACACGCCUGUGUGAGAAGAGUAGAUUACAGUUUCAAGUAACAAAGUUGAUAAAAUUGUACGGUAGCUUAGGGUAACUGAAUUGUACCUCAGUACAAGUACCUUUUUUGCUAGUACUGUAAUU